AUGGAAUUGGGGGAAGUUGGGAAUUUACGCGGUGCCGUUUUAGUUUCAAUAGUUCAAUCUAUCCCUACUGUGGAAAAAAGAUUUUUCUUUUUCUUCAAAUGGGACCCCCCUGUACUUUCGCUUCCUGUUCAUAUUCACCCCUGUAAAUACCCAAAAAUCGGUACGGAUGAAAGCGUUAAAGACGCAAGCACUCUUUCCACAUCUUAG